AUGGCGGUUUGGGCCACUGUUUCCGAGGGGUGUUACGAGCACGAAGCUCUACACAAAGGAAACCAUCCUGAUUAUAUAGACCUUCGUCCUCCAUUGGAUCUCUUGGAUCCUGAGAGUUUGUGGACCUUCGAUUCGUAUGGACCUACGAUUCGUAUCCCUGAAUAUGCAGGGUCCAUCACGUGA